AGUGGAAUCUAUCUGGCGAGCAGCUUCAAAGCAGAAUAGCUUCUCAUCCAUGUAUCCCUUUCUGCUUUCAGCCAGUUGAGAAAAGGAGGAAAUGGAAUUCAGCAGCAAAGCCCACCUCAAGCUGAAAAGCAAAAUGAACAGUGCCUUGUCCCAAUUAAUGGAUUCUGACAUGGAUUAUGAAAGGCCAAACGUAGAAACUAUCAAGUGCGUCGUGGUUGGGGACAACGCGGUGGGCAAAACCAGGCUCAUUUGUGCCCGCGCAUGCAAUGCCACGCUGACCCAGUACCAGCUUCUGGCCACCCACGUGCCCACGGUCUGGGCCAUCGAUCAGUACCGUGUUUGCCAGGAGGUAUUGGAGCGCUCCCGAGAUGUAGUAGAUGAUGUUAGUGUUUCCUUGCGACUCUGGGAUACAUUUGGGGACCAUCACAAAGACCGGCGCUUUGCUUAUGGAAGAUCUGACGUUGUAGUAUUAUGCUUCUCCAUUGCUAACCCCAACUCCCUACACCAUGUGAAGACCAUGUGGUACCCUGAGAUCAAGCACUUCUGCCCCCGAGCACCCGUCAUCCUCGUCGGCUGCCAGCUUGACCUUCGCUAUGCUGACCUGGAGGCGGUAAAUCGAGCAAGGCGACCCUUAGCUAGACCAAUCAAAUCCAAUGAAAUUCUGCCCCCAGAAAAGGGCCGAGAGGUGGCCAAGGAGCUGGGGAUCCCCUAUUAUGAGACCAGCGUAGUUGCUCAGUUUGGGAUCAAGGACGUCUUCGACAAUGCCAUCCGAGCUGCCCUCAUUUCCCGCCGGCAUCUCCAGUUCUGGAAGUCCCACCUACGGAACGUCCAGAGACCACUGCUCCAGGCCCCUUUCCUGCCCCCCAAGCCACCUCCUCCCAUCAUCCUUGUUCCUGACCCUCCAUCCAACAACGAAGAACACCCAGCUCAUCUGCUGGAGGACCCCUUGUGUGCAGAUGUCAUCCUGGUGCUGCAAGAGAGAGUAAAAAUCUAUGCACACAAGGUCUACCUCUCCACUUCCUCCUCCAAGUUCUACGACUUGUUUUUGAUGGACCUGAGCAAGGAAGACCAGCAGGAGACAGCCGAAAGUGGCAUCGGAGCCAGUGUGCCGGAGCGAACCCUCUACCAGGAACGGCACCACCAUGGACGGGAAUUCCUCUUGAGAGCCGCGAGCUUUGACAUCUGCGAGAGUGCCGAGGAAGCUGGCUCGGCCCAGCAAAAACCGUGCCUUAGAGCCUCCACCAGCGAUGGGAUAUUGCGGGGCAACAACUACAGGGAACGAGGGCUAAAGAGGGGGAAGAUGCUCUCCUCUUGGAGCCGUGCCUUUGUCAGCAUCCAGGAGGAGAUGGCGGAUGAUCCUGUGACCUACAAACCCCGACCGAUGGUGGUGGUGAAGAUGGACCCUUCCAUCCAGCUGGGGCCCUUUCGGGCUGUGCUCAAAUAUCUGUACACAGGGGAACUGGAUGAGAAUGAGAGGGACCUCAUGCAUAUUGCCCAUAUCGCUGAGCUACUGGAAGUCUUCGAUCUCAGGAUGAUGGUGGCCAACAUCCUGAACAAUGAGGCUUUCAUGAACCAGGAGAUCACCAAAGCCUUCCACGUCAGGAGAACCAACCGAGUUAAGGAGUGUCUAGCCAAGGGAACAUUUUCCGAUGUCACCUUUAUGCUGGACGACGGUGCUAUCAGUGCCCACAAACCCUUGCUAAUCUCCAGCUGUGACUGGAUGGCAGCCAUGUUUGGAGGUCCAUUUGUUGAGAGCUCAACUCGAGAGGUCGUGUUACCCUACACCAACAAAAGCUGCAUGCGGGCAGUGCUGGAGUACCUGUACACCGGACAGUUUUGUUCCACACCAGAUCUUGAUUACAUGAAGCUCAUCAUCCUAGCUAACCGCUUGUGUCUGCCACACCUGGUUGCACUAACAGAGCAGUUUACAGUGUCGGGACUAAUGGAAGCGACGUCAAUGUUAGCGGACAUUGACGGCGACGUCCUCGUGUUCCUGGAGCUGGCACAGUUCCACGGUGCCUAUCAGCUUGCCGAUUGGUGCCUCCAUCACAUCUGCACCAACUACAACAACAUCUGCCGCAAGUACCCCCGUGAGAUGAAAGCCAUGUCAGCAGAGAACCAAGACUAUUUUGAGAAGCAUCGGUGGCCCCCAGUCUGGUACCUGAAGGAAGAGGACCACUUCCAGAGAGCCAGGAAAGAGCGUGAGAAGGAAGAUUAUCUCCACCAGAAACGGCAGCCCAAAAGGAGGUGGCUUUUCUGGAACACGUCCUCCCCCGCCCAGUCCCCUUCCUCAUCUGCGGCCACAGCGGCUGCUUCUUCUUCUUCCUCCUCCUCCUCCUCCUCUUCCGCUGUGGUUUGAGAGAGAAGACGCCGCUCAUGUUUUCAUCUGGUCUUGGAAGGAAGAGCGCCAGCCACCGCCCUGAGCCAACAUCUGGUUCGACAGGUUUGGAGGAAGAGAAAAAAGAAGGAUCGCGCCAGCAGAAACCUUCAGUGGAGAAACCCAAGCAUGAACGCCCCCCCUGAGAGAUUGAGGAAACUCUGUCCAGUUGAUGCUCGGGAGGCCAUAGCAUCCGUACAUCCCAUCCAGACAGCUCUUCACAGUCACGGUGCCGGCCUCAGCCAGCGUUGGUGCCGAGCGCCCAGACAAGAAUGGGCAGGCGGAAACCAUUUCUCUUUAUCACAGGGCUCAACUCAUUUCGCAGGACAAACCUCAUGUUUACAGGAAUGCAAGAGGUUUUUGUGUUUUUUACUAUUACAAAGGAAAAAAAAACUGCUGCAAGGAAAUGUAGCAGCUGUGCGUUGUUUUUAAUGAUUUUCUUUUCCUUUCCAAAAAGCAAAAAAAGAGAGAGAAAUUGAGUGUCUCACAUUGUCCAUUCUCUGCACCAUAACAUUUCAAGCUGCUCUAGAUGCUAUGUCACAGGAUAUAUAUGUAUAUAUCUCUGUAUUUUCUUUCUGGGCUGCUAGAGGGCAGGGCAGCCCCAAUUUUUUUGUUGCACUUACCACUUGGCUCUUAUCUCUAGGAUUUUGUCAGGGCACGGAUCCUGGCUGCAAGGAAACAGCCAUGGAUCAUCCUCCCUCACAUAAAAGGCAGCCCCCCCCCCCGUGGAAGAGACAGAAGCCCAGGGGCUCAGAUUCUGCAUGGGGACUCAGCUGCCGUGGGAAAGAGUCCUAGAAGGGAGAAAGCCACUUAUCAAGGCUGGGGAUAAUCCUGUUUCCCUGUGCUGUCCCUUUUUUUAAAAAAAAAAAGUUAGUAGCUUGUAAAGCAGUCGCUCAGAAUGACCAGACCAAAGUUAAGAGAGAUGGGAGAAGGGAACCUAUUUCUCUCCCGUUCGAACGGUUCUAGCCAACACGUUUGGGAGUAGAGCAGAACAUGGAAAUGAUACUCUUUGGACUGCAACUCCCAUGCUCCCCCCAAUUAGCAUGGCCACAGCCCAGCCAGGAUGGAGAAUUCUGGGAAUUAUAGUCCAAAAAAAGAGAGAAAGUGAACAUCUUUUCCAAAUUGUGGAAUGGACUGCUUUCCGGAAGGACGGAAACCCCCGACAAGUUGACACUUUUUGUUUUUAAUGAAACAAACCAAUACACCAUCAACUUGUAUUUUAGUGUGGAAAGUUCUGUUGUAAUAAAUGGUAUUUUGAAAAGA